GCCAACGUUUCCAAACCGCUUUUUUGAGAAAUCAUUCGAUCAAAAAUGCCAUAAUUUAUUAACAUAACGUUUGUUAAAUUACUUAGCUAAUUACUGCAUAAUGGGUGCUCUCACUUUCGAUAUGGACAAGAAACCGGCACCGGAUGCGGUGCGGCGACGCAGCUCCAUGAAGUACACGCCGUCUAAGGAGGAUCUGCUGGCGGCGGAUGUGGCGGAUGAGAUCAAUGUCGAUGCGCUGCCCACUUACUACACCGCACUGCGGAUGGUCCCGUUGAUGGCUUUCUAUGGAUUGGCCAUGGGCACGGUGCAGCCGGUUUUAACGGAGCUCAUCAAAACUCGGACGUGCCAAGUAGCGCUGAAUUACACCGACGAGAUCUGUGAGAAUCUCAAUAACUAUACCAAGGAGGCGAAGGCCGUGCAACGGGUGACCUCCCAAAUCCAGAUGUACCAGACACUGGUGGACAGCCUUCCUGCCAUGUUCUUCUCACUGUUCUUGGGUUCCUGGAGCGAUGAAUAUGGUCGAAAAUUACCUAUGCUGGUACCGUUUGCUGGAUUGGUGAUCGCGCAUGGAUUUAGUUUGAUUAACACUUUCAUCCGCAUUUCUCCGUAUUACCUUAUGCUAACCCCCUUUAUCACGUCAGCCACGGGUGGAAUGGUGCUGGUCAAUGUUGCCGUCUUUAGUUACAUGGGUGACUACACCAACGAUCGUACCCGCUCUCCCAACGUGGCCAUCGUCGACGCCAUUCAUAUGUUGUUGCGUUUUGCCGGUUCGGCCGUUGGUGGCCAGUUGACGCAGUUCGGAGAGUCUGUGCCGUUUUACUUAACCAUCAGUCUGCACGUGUGCAAUUUUAUUUUUAUAUUCUUUGCGAUCCAUGAACUGCGUGCCUUUAAAAGUAUCAAAGACUGCAAGAUAACCGAUGUCGUCACCCUGGAACGCGUGAAGGACAACUGGCGAACGCUGAGUAAAAAACGACCGGGAUAUAAUCGGCUGUUUCUCCUCUUGAUCAUUGGAUGUCUUCUCAUCAUCGGUGUUUGCGUCAUCGGUGACAUGUCAAUCACGCAGCUUUAUCUGGAAUUCGACCCGUUCAACUGGACACUGCAGCAUUUCACCAUUUACAACGCCAUUAACGGUGUCGUUGAGGGAGUGAUCAUGGUGUUCGUCAACAUUGUCCUGCGCCGGUAUCUGACGAUUUCCGACACCAUGAUCGGGACCAUUGCGACCUUGUCGGCAGUGCUGCAUCUGCUGUUUUACGGGUUGGCAACGAGCAGUGCCUUUAUCUACAUUGCAGCUGGCGUUGGUUGCUUAAAGAUGUUGGGUUUUGUCUCCAUCAAGUCGGUGACGAUCAGUCUGGUGGACCGCGAUGAAAUCGGGAAACUUCUGUCAACGAAGAUGUCGCUAAUGUCUAUCGCGCCCUUUAUCGGCGUCACUGUUUUUACCAACAUCUUCACGCACACCAACGAAUGGUGGCCGGGCUUCUGCUUCGUCCUGGGUGCGUGUGUGACCGCGCCCGUGGUCUUCGUCUGA